AUGAAGUCUUUUAAAUGUGGAGCUAAGAAACGGCACCACAACCCAGUGGACAGCAUCUGCAGGAAGAUCAAAUCCAUCCAAAUGAUGGACCAAGUCUCCAACCCAGCCUUGCAGAUACCAAAAUUUCAGUCCUGGAACUUUGACAGCCCACAGAGCAAUAUUAAAAAAAAUCGGGAAGAAAUACUGAAAGGGAGAAACUGCAGGAGUCAGGGGAGCACUUGCUCACCCUUGGUCAGCCCUGCCAGUGGCAAUGUUUUCUCUGGUCUUGGGGCCAGCUCUGACUCCCAGACUGCAAGCAGCACCUGUUCCAUCCUGGAAAGCAGUGAGAGAUCCAGCUGCUCAUGGGUGCCCUCCUCUCCCGUGGAGGGCUCUUCUCCAUUCUGCUUUGGAGCCAUGGAGGCCAAUGCCCAGAGCAAACCAUGUGCUUUAGCAAAUGCUGGACCUAAAGAUAUGCAGCCCAAGCAGAAGUAUCUGACAUCAAGUCCGAAUUUAUAUUACUUUGCAUCUGAAAAAAAGCCAGGAAGUGCUGUGGUCCAACCUCCUGUGCCAAAGAUGUUUCCUUCAAGUGAAAGAGGACGGAAGCAGACUAUGGGGUACAAAGCUGACAAUAUGUACAACAUGAGUUUGAUCUGUGAAGAGAACCUGCUGACCACCAUCUUCUGUGCAUGUGACAGCCACCACACAGGAAAAGUGACAGUGUCCAAGAUAGUUGAUUAUUUGAGACAUAUGACCAGCUGGGAAUCAGAGGACAGUGGUCUUGAAGAGCUGUGCAACAAGCUUGACCUGGAGCACAAAGAUAUCUCCAUGGACCUGGAAAUGUAUCAUGCCGUCGUAGGAGAGUGGAUUGAAGACUGUAAGAGAAAAUGGGAAGAAGGUGCUACUGAGAAAUCAUCAUCGAGCACAGAAGACCUGGAAUCUCAAGUACCUGAAAACAUCUCUGAAGCCAACAAGACACAUGUUCAGAUGAAUGUUACAUCAGGAAGCCUGGAGGCCUUUGGGGGUGAUGUAUCUAAAGGAGACAUGGAGACCUCUGACUUGAUAACCUGCCUUGCGGACCUGCAGUACAACAACCAGAAGCUUCGGGAAGAGAACAACAAGCUGAAGCUCACCCUGGAAGCUUUGGAUGAGACCAACAGCAAGCUCCUGGCAGAUAAUGAGCAUUUACAUCAACAAUUAAAAAGCAUCCAGCACUCUGUGUUGAAAGCCAAAUCCCUGGAAGAGCAGCUAGAGGAAGCAAGAAACAAUCUGAACAUGUCAGAAGAGGAAAGAGAGCAGAUUCUUUGGCACAACAGACAGCUAGAAAAAGAAAAUCAGUCUCUCAACAUCAAAGUUACUUCUCUUCAGGAAGAGAUUAUUAGGAAUAGCAUGGACACCAACGGGCUGCAAAAGAAGAUUUUGGAGCUGUCUAAAAACGCAGCACAGCUUCAAAUCCAAGCCCAUAUCUAUGAGAGCACUGUGGUGAAUAAAGAGGCAAGUCUAAUCCAGAAGGAACAGGACAUCAAGGAACUCAAGUUAACCAUUGUGGAGUGUUCCUCGGUCAUAGAGACACUGAGGGCUGAAAAAAAUAAACUGCUGGAGAACAUCCAACACAUGCAGCAACAGCUGAUCUCGAAUGGGUUGAGUUUCUCAUUGCUGUAUAAAUUUAACAGCAAUAUUCCUGAAGGGGCGAGUACACUGCACGGUGAACUGGAGCUUGCAGAGUCUUCUGAGAUUAUCAAGACUGAACAGACAUCUCUGGAUGAAACACUGGACCGUGAAGAGCUGCUUUUGCUUCAGGGGUCUGAAUAUGCAGGAAAAAAAUUCAAGACUAUCAUGAAAAACCUGCAAAAGGAAGCCUCUGAAGCAGAGGAGCUUGUCAUGGCUUCAUUAGAAUGGGUAAAAGAUCCUGAUGGGGACAUGCAACAGGCCUGGGAAAGAAAACUUGUGGCCCUCAAGAAAGAACUAGGAGAAAAAAGACAUCUUUGGAUCCAGAAACUGCAGCUUUUGGAAAAAUGCAAUGAGUCCUUAGACAAGGAUUUUAUUCGAGUGGCAGGCAACCUGAGGAGAACCAAGACAGAACAACUUCACCUAAGGAAAGAGCUCUCUGCUAGCCAGCACAAGAUAGAAACUGUCAAACAGCUACAAGAAGAAACUGCUGGUCGGGCAGAAGCCCUGUGUUUAGAGCUGCAAAAAGCCACCAAGCAGCUGGAGGAUGCCAGCAAGCACGCAGAGGAUCAAGUUGAAGCAUUUCACUCUGCUCGUGAAGAAGCAGCAUCCUUGAAAAGCAAGUUGGAGGAAGCCAUUUCUGAGCAGCAGAAGCUCAGGGAUGUAAAUGCAGCUUUAGCAAGCACUUGCCAGUUGCUUCAGGAGAAGGUGGAAGACCACAAAACAACUGCUAAUGCCCUGAGAUGGGAACUGCUGCAGAAACGUCUCUGUGAAUUGCUGUGCCGGUGCUGUGCAGAGUUAGAAUCUGACUACGCUCUGCUGCCCACGUUAGCUGAACAUGUAAAAAGGAAGCAGCUCCAUUGCUCCAAACGACCAUGGAAUGAAGGACCCACCUCAUACUCUGACUUUCCCUGGGCACUGCCCUCAGGUGCUUCACACUGGCACAACUCCCCUCUGCUAGAUGCUCUGACCUUGGAGACCUCCUGUCCAAAUAACCCUCCUGGGCACAGCUGGGACGAACCUUGCAGGCAGAGCUCUGGCAGCUGCACCUUGGAGAGGUAUGAUGUGGGACAUGUGUCCAGCUCAGGUGUGACAUUACGAGAAUGCAGGUGGAAAAUAUGCUCUGCUGAUGACUACACUGAUGCAGACCUUCCUGUUUCCAUUACAAUGAUGGAUUCUUCACUUGCUGAGAUUGACUGUGAGGCGUCAACACCACCAGCCACGCUGAUUGCAUCCAGUGAUCACUUAACAUCAACCCAAGAAACUCUUGCAUCCUCAGUGGAAAACAUAGCACCGGUACUGGGCUGCCUUGUUAUGGAGGAAAGAUCAUCCAAGGGCUUACACAAGAGAGGGGAAGAUGUGCCAACUUCCGUGGCACCAGAGACAAGCAGCAAUAAGGACCCAGCUGCUCCUGUGUCAGGACCAAGUCAGAUCAAGAAGGAAUCCUGCCUGGCCAUGGAAGAACACAAGCCUGUGUUUCAAAAUGUUUUGAAGCAAGACCCGGAAGUGGACCAGGAAAAGAAAAAUAAUAAAGAGUGGAGUGAGGAAGCACCAGUUGUGCUUUCCAGCAGGAAAGGGAGUUCACCCACUGCAGGUGGCAUUAAAGGAGAUAAAACCAAGCAAAAUGAGCUUGACUCCUCAAAUGAGAAGGAAGUGGAGGCUGAAUUUCUGAGGCUGUCUUUAGGUUUUAAGUGUGACUUGUUUACCUUGGACAAAAGAGUGAAGCUUGAAGAGAGGUCCCGAGACCUGGCUGAAGAAAACUUGAAAAAGGAGAUCUCAAAUGCUGUGAAUAUGUUAGAGGCAUUAGCUCCUUUGUGUGAAGAAGAUAACCAGGCACAGGAGAUCAUUAAGAAGCUGCAGAAAAGUCUGCAGUUCCUUAGCCAAUACGCAGCUCGAGUUGCCAGCAGAGCAGAGAUGUUGGGAGCUAUUAAUCAGGAGAGCCGGGUGAGCAAAGCUGUGGAGGUGAUGAUCCAGCAUGUGGAGAACCUGAAGCGCAUGUACACCAAAGAACAUGCUGAGCUUGAGGAGCUCAAGCAGGUCCUGCUCCAGAACGAAAGGUCCUUCAGCUCCCUUGGAGACAGAGAUGAAUCUAUGAAUAAGAAGAUACCAGGUCCUUUUAACUUUAAGCCCUCGUUAGCCCUGCGGAGAGUUAGCAUUGCAACAGUGCCCAGGAGUGCUGGGAAUGCAGGGAUUGGGGUGCCACUGGCCCAGUUCCAUGAACCUGAUGGGGAUGAACAGAGUGACACAUUCAGCAGGAGAUCAAGCAGUUGGGGCAGGCUAGGGGUGAAGCAGAACGAGAAGCGUCCUUCGCUGCAGAGGUUCCUCAGCACCUAUUCCUGGGCGGAGUAUGAAGAGGAACCUUUUGAAACCAAGAAUGAGCAGUUGGAAUCACCUGCUGAAGUACAGGAACAACCAACUAGGAAGGAAAGUGUCUCUGAAAAAGGAAAAUACCCACCCAAAUGGACCCUGGAGUCAAUGUACAAUUUGAUGCCAGUGUGGGCGUCCCGUUUCAAGGUUUCCUUUUGCAAUGCCAACAAAACCUUCUGGGUAUCCGUGUCCAUCCUGGUCCUGCUGGCUGCUCUCACGAGCCUCCUGACGGGGCUGAACCUGCAGAGGCCAGCAGAUGCAGCCCCUGUGGGCACUGGGGACUCCUGGAGGUCGCUGCAGCAGCUGCUGUGGCCCUACACAGGACUGCACCACCACGGCCCUCCCCCGGUAUAACCCUGGCUCUGCUGCCAGGGCUGCACUGCCAUGCCCUGCAGGACAGGAGCUGAAGCUGGUGUUAUUUCAGGUUACAUGUCUGGAUUUGUUUUGUUGGGUUGUGGGUAUUUUUAGGGGGAAAUGAAGUUUUUUUCUUUAAAGCAUGACUUGAAAUGAAAAAAAAAAAAAAUCUUUUUCCCAUUCUGACAAAAGUCAUCUUUAAAAGUAGCUAAAAGGGUCUCAGUUCUGUUGAGUUUUACAAUAGAAUAGCAAUUUUGAAUGUCGCUAACAAUAAACAUGUCUAGGUGGUCUAGGCACAAUUGAAUAAAGAAUUGAUUUUGCUUGAAUAAAGAUAAAAUGUUUGCAUUUUAGAACCUGUUUCAAUUAUUUGAAUAGAAAAGGGUUUAAGACUUGAAAUGUAACUUUAUUGAAAGCUUUUGAUAAUAAAGUUUUGAAGGAAAGCAUGCAGUAUCUAAGAGUAUGCUAAGACUCUGGUAGCAAGAAGCAGCUGAUACACAGAAUCAAUAAACAGGAAGCCAGCUCUUUCCACUUUAUCCAUGGCUUCAU